AAGGAUCUUUGUCUUCCACAUCACCCUACAGGUUGUGGGGUUGGCACGUGGGAUGGGAUGGAGAUCUCUUGCCCCCCACAAAAGACCUCCUUUGCCUUCCUCCCCACCCCGCAGCGCUCAGGGAGGCCACGCGGUGUGGGAUGGAGGCCUCCUGAUCCCUGAAGGAGAUCUUUGUCUUGCACAGCACCCAAAGGUGCUCGGGGUCACCGCGCUGGGUGGGAUGCAGGGAGCUCAAAGCCGCAUCAGGACGCUGCCCUUCGGGGAGGCCGGGGCGUUGGAUCAGGACAAUUAGCGCCGUUUUCCUGCAUCAAUUUCAGCCGCACUUUUGAGGCAGCCCUGCUGUUAGCCGUGCUAAUUACAGCAGCCACUCUCUAAUUGCUUCACAUGACCAUCGUCAGCCCCUCCAGGAAAGCGAGGCUGAUCCUACAGCUCUGAGAAGUCGCCUCCAGGGGAGCAGCCCUGGGCUCCAACCUCUGCCCAUGACUUCGGAUUGGGGCCGGUCCAGCCGGGCGCUGCUUUCAACACAGGUUUAUCCCAUGAAUGAAGAUGACUCACGAUGCUGUUACAAAAGAUAUCGGCUUUUAUUCUUUGUUUGCUUGGGUUUUUCUCUUCCUCCUCCUCUUCUUCCUCAUCUUCUUUCCCCAGAAAGAAACUGGAAAAGAAAAUGAAAGUAGAACAACAAAAAACAACCCAGGAGCUCCCUGCUGGGGUUUUUUGUUGGCACUUCUGUCCCUUACCUUCACCUGCAUGGUGUCACCGUGCAAGAUCACGGCUUACAGGUGUAAAAUCCCUCUGCGCCACCCCUCCUCCCUCCUUUGUGCAGCCCUUGAGGGUUAAAGAAUGGGAUAAAUCGAGGGGAGGAGGCAGCCAUCCAGCCACCUGAAUGAAUCGCCUCCCUUUCCUCGCAAGCCGGACGAUGCUUAAUUACCGUCCCUCAUUAGCCCUCUUCCCAACGCUUCUCCUAUUGGGACUCGCCAGCGCCAAGAGGUUCCCGUGCUUCCCUGAGUAUUGCCUCCGUGACCGGGACUACGAGGAGCUGCUGGGCAUCGUGAAGCACGGGCUGGAGCCCACGAGGCGCCCGUCCGACGUGGUUGUGGUCGGGGCUGGGAUCAGCGGGCUGACGGCAGCCAAGCUGCUGCGGGACGCCGGCCAUAAGGUGACCGUUCUGGAAACCAGCCAUAGGGUGGGUGGGAGGAUCAGGACGUACCGUGAGAAGGACUGGUACGUGGAGCUGGGAGCCAUGCGCCUGCCGAGCAAACACAGGCUGGUGCGUGAGUUUAUCAAGCAGUUUGACCUGAAGCUCAAUCCGUUCCACCAGACGGACGACAACGCCUGGUAUUUUGUGAACGGCAUCCGAGCCAAAGCGGCAGAAGUGAACAGGAACCCCGACAUCCUGAAUUACACCCUGAGGCCGGCGGAGAGGGGAAAAAGCGCCAGCCAGCUCUACAGGGAAGCUCUGCAUUCGGCUUUCAAGGAGUUCCAGACCAUGGAUUGCAAGGAGUAUCUGGCUAAACACGACUCCUUCUCCACCAAGGAAUAUUUGAUUAAAGUUGGGAAUCUGAGCCGGGGAGCUGUGCAGAUGAUCGGAGAUUUGCUCAACGAGGAGUCGGGCUUUUAUCUGUCCUUCCUCGCCUCGCUGUGGGAUUUCGACAUCUUCUCUCAUGGGGAGAGCUUUGACGAAAUCACGGGAGGUUUCGACCAGCUGCCCAAAGCCUUCCACAAAGCGCUGCCGGGCGCCGUCAGGCUCAAUUGCACGGUGGAAAAGAUCAUGACCAAGGGAGGGAAGGUGCGGGUGUUCUACCGCGCUCCGGAUACCCUCGCCCCCAGCAUAGAGACCGCAGAUUACGUCCUCGUCACCUCCUCGGCCAAAGCCACCAGGCACAUCCAGUUCUUCCCCCCUCUCUCCCCUACCAAAAACGACGCCCUGCGCUCCAUCCAUUACGCCAGCGCCUCCAAAAUCGCUUUGGCUUGCACCGAGAAGUUCUGGGAGAAAGACGGCAUUCGAGGAGGGCAAUCCAUCACCGACCGCCCCUCCAGGUUUAUCUACUACCCCAACCACAACUUCUCCAGCGGGGUCGGGGUCGUCUUGGCCUCCUACACCUGGAACGACGACACCGAGUUCCUCGCGCCUUUGGCGGAUGAGGAAUACGUGGAUCUGGUCCUCCGGGACCUGGCGGACAUCCACCAGGUGAGCAAGAGUUACCUGCAGUACGCCUGCGACCGCUACGUGAUACAGAAGUGGCAGCUGGACAGGCAUUCGCUGGGAGCCUUCGCUGCCUUCACGCCCUACCAGUUCACCGAUUACUCGCAGGCCCUCUUUGAGCACGAGGGCAGGGUGCAUUUUGCAGGAGAGCACGCGGCCCAGCCGCACGCCUGGAUCGACACCGCCAUGAAAGCCGCCGUGAGGGCAGCGAGCAACAUCCACGAUGACAGCGAGACCCAGAGCCUCCGCCUCGGCCCCACGGAGGGCGGCGGGGAGAAGGGGGAGCUGUGA